CAAACGCACACAUACAAUCAACAACUCGUAUCACAUCCACAUUCCCGUACACAAAUCCAAUCGCAUGUGAAGGGCUCAUGAAUUUCUGGUAUUUCAGUGUCAAGAUCGAUGUUGAAUAAAAUAAUGUAAAUAACUACACAUUCAGCCGCAUAAGUAGAGAAUUCUCUCUAUUUUGUUUCGAUUUCAAGUGCCUAAAUUAAAAAUAGAUGAUUUUUUAAAAUGUCUUGCAUUUUUUGUCAUAUCGCUGCUGGCAAAAGCGAUACAACCCUCAUCGAAUAUGAAAAUGACAAUAUUGUCAUUUUUAAAGAUAUUCGACCAGCAUCGGAUUUCCAUUAUUUGGCCGUUCCCAAAAAACACAUGAAAAAUGUUCGCUCGUGCACUCUUAACGACAAAGAUUUAAUUAUUGAGAUGAAAAACGAACUUCGAAAUUUUUUGAACACAAAAAAUGUAAAUCUUGAUGAUGUUUCGUAUGGUUUUCAUUGGCCACCAUUCACCAGUAUUGAUCAUUUGCAUUUGCAUGCAAUCGCACCAGCUUCGAAAAUGGGGUUUAUCCAACGCAUCGUUUUUAAGCCAAUCGAUAUGUGGUAUUGUUCGCCGGAAUAUGUGCUUGCUAACCUAAAACCAGCACCUGAAUAAUGAUGUCGUUUCCAGAAAAUGUAUUGACAUGUUGCCAAUUCGUCUUUAAGAGUGAAAGAGAACGAAGACUUUGUAAAAGUACAAAAAGCAACAGAACGACAAGAAUUGUUAUAUUGUAAGUCGUCUAGUGUUGUUGUUCUCUUGCUGUCUGGUUGUUUCUUAACAAAUUUUCAAGUUUAUACGCUUGUUCAAAUUAUUAUUCUAUUUUUAUUUGUUCCUCUUCAAAUUUCGAUUCAAAUUGUUAAUUUAUGAUAAAAUGAAAUAAAUAGCUUGUCA